UGUUUCCUCACUGGUGUCUGAUUCAGUUCUGUGAUGAACUGGACCACUUGCAUUCCUUUGAAUUAGUUACUACUAUUGCCUUACAUUUUAGGUUAUUCUGUAAAGGUUUUCUUUGCGUAUGUGUGUUUAAUUGUAUUGAUAAUACUCAUGGCAUUCUUGAAUCAGUUGUGUGAUUGUGACAUUGGUUUCCUCAAGCAUUGCAAUACCUGUCUGAAUCAGUUUUGUGAUUAAAAAUCGUGUCUUGAAAAACUGGGCUACAUCUUUGAAUCAGUUACUUCAUGUUGAAGCCGUGUCUUUGAAUCAGUUGUCUGAAUGAAUUAUGUAUGAUGAAUAGCUUCCUCUUACAUUGGACGCUUGUGGGAUUGUUUUAUGUGAAACUGGAUCUGUUUCAUUGCAAUCUGUAGUACAUUUCCUAGGCCCUUGCUUAUUCCUUAUAUUGAUUUGAUUAGGUUGGUUUGUUCAACUCUUUCUCGAUAUCUUAAGCUUCAAGUUUCGCUGCAAUCAAAGAAUUGUGAAGCUUGACCAAGCAGUGAGGCAUUGCUGCAGCCAUUCCUUUCUCAAGGGUCAAGGCAGGGGGCUGAGAUGGGGCAGGAGAUCUCCGAUUCAGUUGAAUUAUCGCAAGUCAAGAUAAUAGAUUCGGGGGUAGCCAUUCGAAGUCACAAGUUCUCCUGCAGCAGCACUUGUCCAUUCUUAGAGCAUGGCUACAGUCAGUCAGAUUCAGCACAGUGGUCAAAGGCAGCUACCAAACUUUGCGGGCUUAUAGUCUGCUACCUUAUAGUCAUGGUAGUCGAGAUUCUUGGAGGUCUGAAAGCUAACAGCCUAGCUAUUCUUACUGAUGCAGCUCACUUGCUGUCUGAUAUUGCUGGAUUCUCCAUUUCUCUCUUCACUGUUUGGGUAUCAGGUUGGACAGCAACACCAGAACAUUCUUUCGGGUACCAUCGUGUUGAAGUUAUUGGAGCACUCCUAUCAGUGCAGCUCAUAUGGGUCAUGUCUGCAUCUUUGAUCUAUGAAGCGAUCAAAAGGCUUAUCACAAAACAGACGGAAGUGAAUGGCCGUCUCAUGUUUGUACUCGCUGCCUUCAGCUUGGUUAUUAAUGUUAUCUUGGUUCUUUGGCUUGGUCACGACCAUCAUCACGGCCAUUCUCACCACGACCAUUCUCACCACGGCCAUUCUCAUCACGGCCAUUCUCAUCAUACCUGCAACGAUGAGGGCCAUAACCAUGAAGGAGAGGAAUCAAGAACUGGAGAUGAAGAAAGUAUGAAUCUCGUCUCGACUCCACAUGGGAGCAGUCACAUGUUGAACAUCAACAUUCGAGGGGCAUACCUGCAUAUAAUAUGCGACUGCAUACAAUCCCUUGCAGCAAUGGUUGCUGGUGUUAUUAUAUGGGUAAAACCGAAAUGGCUUGUGGCCGAUCUGAUUUGCACGCUUCUGUUCACCACUUUUGCUCUAACCACUACAUUCACCAUUAUAAGGGAUAUAAUCCAUGUGCUGAUGGAGAGGGCGCCAGCCGACAUUGAUGCUGCUCGUCUUGAAAAUGGUCUCAAACUGAUCACAGGGGUUCGCCAUGUUCACGAUCUUCACAUCUGGGCCAUCACGCCAGGUAAGCACGUGUUAUCGUGUCAUGUUGAGAUUGGAGCUGAAGUCAGCCCUCAAGGAAUACUGCAAGAGAUUAGGGAAUACUGUGAACUAACCUACAAAAUUUCUCAUGUAACAAUACAAGUUGAACAAGAGUGAUAUACUAAUAUUGUCAUUUUUUAUCUUCAA